AUGGGUGAUAAAGAUUGCAACACUUCUAGUCAGACACAUCAAAACUUGUUGGACAAACUGACAACUUCUAUCACUGUUACUGUCAAUGGAACACCUUAUCAUGUUGGCAGUGAACACCAUUCAGCGACCUCACUCCUGGAGUUCUUGCGCAAAGAGGGGAUCUCACGGGGUACUAAAGGCUGCUGUUAUGAGGGCGGAUGUGGGGUGUGUUUGGUGACUGUCAAGUACUUGGAUCCCUUGACUAGUAAACUCAGAGUCUACGCUGUCAAUUCGUGUUGUCUUCAACUGUACACGUGUGAUGGUCUGGAAGUCACCACAAUCGAGGGUCUAGGUGACACAAGAGCUGGCCUACAUCCCAUUCAAGAACGAUUGGCCAGCUUCGAUGGAAUCCAGUGUGGUUACUGCACACCUGGUCAGGUCAUGAAUAUGUAUGGAAUAUUACAGAAUAACCCACAGCCAACAAUGCAGGAAGUAGAGGAUGCCUUUGAUACAACAAUAUGUAGAUGUACAGGUUAUAGACCCAUUCUGGAUGCCAUGAAAUCAUUUGCUUCCGACGCCCCAGCUUCUCUCAGGGAGAAAGGAGGAAUCAUUGACAUUGAGGAACUGGAUGGAAAACUUUGCAAGAAAACAGGCAAAGCUUGUGUCGGUCAGUGCAGAAGACAAAAUCAGACCAGUGAUGACGCAAGCUGCAGAAGCCAAGACCUGACCAGUGAUGAUGCAGGUUGCAGGAGCCGUGUGUCCAAACCCCUGCACAUUGUGACUGCUCAGGCCCAGUGGUUUAAGCCAGUGACCCUUCCAGAGCUAUGCAACUUGUUGAAGCUGUACGCUGGACAACCAUACAGAUUAGUUUAUGGAAACACAGGCUUUGGUGUGUUUAGACAAGUGGGUCCAUGGAACUUCAAAGUUCUCAUUGACAUCCGAGGUGUCCAGGAGCUGUAUAUAACUGAUUUGAGCCCGAAUGACCACAUCGUCUUUGGGGCUAAUGUAUCUUUAACUGCACUGAAAGAAGCUUUUGAGAAGACUACAGAUCCUGGAUUGCCUUAUGCUAAUGUCUUUGUGACUCAUCUGGGACAUGUUUCAUCUUCUAGCAUCAGAAAUAUGAGCUCUUGGGCAGGAAACCUGGCUUUGAAGAAUCAGUACAAUGAUUUUACCUCUGAUGUCUUCACCCUCCUGGAAACUGUGGGCACACUAGUGACUGUUGUCAAUGGUUGUGGAGAGAGUAAGCAGUACACUCUGACAGACUUCCUGUCUUUAGAUCUGGAGGGCAAGGUCAUUGUGUCUAUGCAGCUGCCCAAGUACAACACCUCUGAUGUUUUCCUGAGGACAUUCAAGACUUCCCACAGACUGCAGCUGUGCCAUGCUCAUGUGACCUCUGGCUUCAACUUUCGAGUGGAUGCAAGUAACAACUAUCUGGUCAAGGAAAAGCCUACAAUUGUUAUACAAGGCAUCAAUGGUCAGCUGGUGCAUGCAGGACAGACUGAAAACUUUCUCAGGGGCAGGGAACUCAGGGAUUCUUCUGUGCUUCAGGGUGCCCUGAGCCUUCUGUCUGAAGAGAUUGUUCCAAAUGAUGACCCACUCUUAGCCAGUCCAGAGUACCGCAAGUCAUUGGCAGUAGGACAUUUCUAUAAGUUUGUCCUGGGAGUGUGUGGCCAGACGUGUGCUCGUCGAUUUAUGAGUGGGGGUCUUGAUUUGUACCGGCCCCUCAUGACUGGCACACAGGACUAUGGCACAGAUAAUUCGGAUGUAUACCCGGUCACCAAGUCUCUCAUGAAAGUCACAGCCUUCAAUUUGGCAGCAGGAGAAAUCAAGUUUGUGGCUGACCUGCCACCCAGACAAGGUCAGCUCCAUGCAGCUCUUGUACUCAGUACUCAGGGAAAUGCCAAGAUACAGAGUAUUGAUGCCUCCAUGGCCUUGAAAAUUCCAGGUGUAGUCAGGUUCGUCGAGGCAUCAGACAUUCCAGGUGUCAAUGACUGGAGACCACAUGGAUAUUACGCAGAAAAUGAGAAUCAGGAGCUUCUCUGCUCAGAGCAAGUAUUGUACGCUGGACAACCCAUUGGCAUUCUCUUGGCAGAGGAUGAAGUCACAGCUCAAAGUUCAAGGUUUGCUGUCAAGGUUACAUACACUGACAUUCAGCCGGCUAUAACUAGCGUAGAGGAGGCCAUGAAGAAGCGGUCUUUCUUUAAGAAGAUUGGGCCCAUCACAAAAGGCGAUGCCACAGCGGCCAUGGCAGCGGCUCCGCACCGUGUGAAAGGUGCUGUCCACUCAUCUGACCAGUACAACUUUCACCUGGAGAACCAGGCUGCUCUCUGUAUUCCCACAGACACAGGUGGCAUGGACGUCAUGGCAACAUCUCAGUGGCUGGACGCUUGUAGUGAGACCGUCUCUCAGGUGUUGGGACUGCCAGAGUCCAGCAUCACAGUGGAAACUCAGCGGCUGGGUGGAGGUUUUGGUGGAAAGAUCUUCUACUCACCACCAGUAGCUGGCAUGUGUGCUGUGGCUGCCUUUGUGACCAGGCGUCCUGUGCUGCUGAAUCUGGACCUUCACACCAACAUGCAGUUCCAAGGAAAGAGAACUUUUUAUGUCUACGACUAUGAGGUGGGGUUUGAUGAUGAUGGAAAGAUCCUGGCCAUCAUUGCCACAGCUUACUCGGACACCGGGGCUCUGUUCUUCCCGCCAGACGGCAAUGAGUACACAGAGGCAUAUAUUGACAGCG